GGAUGGAGAGAAGACAGAGAAGACACGACAGACAAAAGAGAAGAAAUAUUAAGAACUGAAAAACUAAAGAAGAGGAAAAAAGGACGUUUAACUCGUUGAUUCCAGCUGUUUUCUUUUCCAACAGAAGGAAACCCUUCCCCUCUAAACACUGCACAGACAGCACAGAAGGAUUUUUAUUGGGUUUUUUUUAAAGAUAGUGAAUCCAAACACACAUCUUCUACCUCAGCCUCAGGAUUAUGGUGGAGUUCGCUCGGUCUGAGGAUCUAACGCAGGAUAAAAAUGCUGAAAUGUAAAGUUCACAAUUCUCUCCGGUGGCUGUUGUUCACCUCACUGCUGCUGCUUCUCCAGGAUCUGAGCAGCGCAGCUCCCACAGAGGAUCAGCUGGUCCCAUGUAGCAUCUCUGUUUCUGAACCAUGGUCCGGUCUGGACUCCAUAUCGCUGACUGUGAGCACGGCUGGACGCGACUGCUCCUUCAACCUGACGUCUGUGGAUGCUGCGACAGACAGCGCUGAAUGUAGGAGGCGAAGCAGAGGAGAUGAAGACAUAGACACUAAUGAGAUCGGAGGAAAGGAGCAAGGGAAGGAGAAGCAGGAGGAGGUGGUGGAGGAGAACUAUCUGGGAACCAACCAGCUAGGAGGAGAGGAUGGAGGGAGCAAGGAUGGAGGGAGCAAGGAUGUAGGAGGCGACUUCUUCACCUGCGUGCUGGAUCACCUGGAGCCAGGAACCGCCUACCAGCUGCAGCUUCAUUCUCAGAGCGACGGGGAGACGGCCAACCUCACCCUGCACACCCGACCGUCAGCGCCGAGCGGCCUGGCGGUGACCUCCAGGACCUGCAGCAGCCUGGGUCUUUCCUGGCAGGCCGGCCCCGGCAGGACGCAGCGCUUCAGGCUGCAGCUGUGGGAACGUCCUCACAGUCCGGAUCAAUCAGGUUUGCUGAUGAACGAGACGCUGGAGAGCACAGCGACACAACACACGCUCAACCACCUGACGCCUGGGCGGAUGUACAACGUUACCAUGGUGACGGAGGCCGGCGGUCUGCAGAACAGCAGGACGAUAGAGGCUCAGACAGUCCCAGCAACCGUUUCCAACCUCACCGCCGACUACAACAACAGCACAAGCCUGCGGUUGUCGUGGCAACAGCCUGAAGGUGACCUGGACGCGCUCGUCGUCACCCUCUCGUCCAACGACUCGAGGCGGCGGGGGAGGACGACCCUUCCCCCGAACGCCACCCAAGUCACGGUAGAUCAGCUGACUCCAGGCUCGGCCUAUCAGGUCGCUGUGAUGUCACAGAGUGGCGAGCUGACCAAGCAAUCAGAAAUCACCUCCAGGACAGCUCCGGAGGCAGCGUCUCUCCUCUCCCUCUCCCAUUCCUCCUCCCUCGGUGGUCUCCUCCUCUCUUGGUCGUCCCCCGCUGGGAACUGGGAGAGCUACAGGCUGCUUCUGUUUGACGGCUCCCAGCAGUUAGUCAGCACCACUCUGGACCGAGAGGCUGUGAACUUUAGCUUUCCUGAGACGAGUCUAACGCCUGGGAGGCUUUACAGAGCCGUGCUGACAGUAGAGAGCGGAGGACUGAUAGCUGAGAGCAGCUGUGAGGGAUCAACAGCUCCGGCUCCGGUGUCGGACCUUCACAUUCGACACUCAGACGAGACUUCGCUGAGCGCCAUGUGGAACCACGCUCCCUCUGGGUCACGUGACAGCUACUUCCUGACAAUUCGCCAUGGUAACGUCACCGUGGAUACCAGGGAGGUGGAGGCCCACAUGAGGGAGUGCACGUUCAACGUUCUCACACCUGGGAGACAGUACACCAUCACCGUGACGACCAGGAGCGGGAAACUGAACACCUCUGUGUCAUUGGAGGGAAGGACAGUCCCGAUGGCGUUGAGCAGCAUCACUCUGAGAAGCUCCGGGGUUGACAGUCUGCAGGCGUCCUGGGAAAAACCAGCAGGAGACGUGGACUCGUACACGUUGACCCUGCUGCAGGACAGUGCCGUGGUUCAGAACUACAGCGUUCCAGCUGGUUCUUCUUCUCUGCUGAUGGACGGUUUGACACCCGGCGCCCUCUACAGGCUGCAGGCCGCCACUGUCAGCGGAGGAGUUCAGUCUCAACCAACCAGCCUGCAGGGACGCACAGUCCCAGCGUCGGCCUCCGAGGUAACGGUUGCUAACGGCGGCAGGUCGGAUGCUCUGCAGGUGUCAUGGCGUCCUGCAGGGGGCGUGGUCGACAGCUACCAGGUGCGUCUUCAGGACGGGAGUCGACCCGUGCACACACUGGUGGUGUCCCACUCCUCCCUGCCCGAGUGCUCCUUCAGCUCGCUGGUUGCCGGGCAUCUGUACACAGUCGCCAUAGUGACGAGGAGCGCUGACAUGGAGAACACCAUCACAGUUCAAGCACGGACGCAACCUGCUACUGUGCAAAACCCAACAGCGGUUCACUCUGCAAGAGACGGCUUCCUCAAGGUGUACUGGCGUCAUGCAGCUGGAGAUCUGGACCGUUAUGUGGUUCUGAUCCGUUACAACCACAGCGUACUGCAGAACAAGAGCGUCUCUGCCGGGUACAACGAGUGCGCCUUCUCGUCCCUGACGCCUGGGAGACUCUACACCGUCACCGUGGAAACAUGGAGCGGCGACUACGUCAGCAGCGUUUCCACCGACGGACGCACAUUUCCAGCAGCUGUGGGCAAUCUGUCGCUAGGCAACGUAGGAACAGGUGAUCUGACUGUGACCUGGAGUCCUGCCCCUGGAGAUGUGGACCACUAUGAGGUCACUCUGCUCUUCAACGACACUCGAGUUUAUCCUCCGGUCACGUUGGGCAGCGAGCUGCGACAUCACCGGCUGACCUCUCUGACACCAGGACGGCUUUAUAAGAUUGUGGUGUCGACGUUCAGCGGUCCGAACCAGAGACCUCAGUUCAUUGAGGGACGGACAGUUCCCAGUGCGGUAAGAAACCUCCACCUGGCUCCCCGGAAACCUCUACCUGGCCUAACAGACUCUGUGGGGGGGCUGGUGGUCUCCUGGACACCUGGAGAUGGAGACCUGGACAUGUACAUCGUCUCACUGUCCUCUACGGAUGGAGUCGUGGUCGAGAAUCGCCUCGUCCCCAAACACAUCUCCUCUCUAGAGUUCCUGGAUCUGACCCCAGGCCACGCCUACACCAUCACUGUCCAAUCACAGAGCGGGAAGCUGAACAACACCAAAAAAGUCACGGGCAGGACAGCUCCGGCCAGAGUCACGGCUCUGCAGGCGGAUAACGACCACACCACCCACAGCCUCACCGUCACCUGGGAGCGGCCGGUGGGCGAGUUCGAUGGUUACAGCCUGCAGGUGUUGGACGAGGCCGGCGUCAUUCUGGCCAAUCAGUCGGUCGCCGUGGAGAGUCGCAGCGAGCGGCUGGGAGGCCUGAUGUCUGGGAAGUGGUACCGCAUCCGGAUGGUGACGUUGAGCGGCGGCGUCCCGUCACUGGAGGCCACAGCCGAGGGACAAACACGUCCCGCUGCUGUCAGCAAUCUAACAGUCACUGUGUCCAACACCACAUCUCUCUCCUUCUCUUGGCGUCCCUCUGACGGCCACGUCGACAUCUACCACCUCUCGCUCUACAGGGUUACAGAGGCAACGGCCAAUCACAGACAGGAUGCUUCAGGUAGCAGGAAGGAUCGUCACCAGGCUGCUGGUGAGUUAGAGAGCCAGCAGAAAGUCGGUCCAGCUGCAGACGGCUGUGUGUUCUCCGGCCUGAGAGCAGGAAGUCUGUACAGGCUGCAGGUGGUGAGCUGGAGCCGGAGCAUGAACAGCGACUCCUCUGUACUCGCCAGAACUGUCCCGUCUCCCGUCUCAUCGCUGCAGGUUCAGAGUUCAGGACGGAGAGACAGACUGACAGUCAGCUGGCAGCACGGAGAGGGAAGAUGGAGCAGCUACCAGGUGAUAUUAUACGACGUCUCAGGAGCCACUCUCGGGGCCCAGAUGUUGGGGGCGGAGCACAACAGUCACAUGUUCCUUGGGCUGGUCCCUGGUAGGCGUUACCGCGCUGAUGUCAUCACACACAGCGGAGAGCUGACCAAUAACAUCUCAGCAUUUGGACGCACCACACCAGAGCCGCCCACUCACCUGUCCGUCAGAGAAGGCCGGGUCAAUGACACCAUCGAGCUGUCGUGGGCCGGUCCCGCCUCCGGAGACUACGACAGCUUCAGCCUGCAGUGGACUCCUCUCGACCAGCUGUCAAUCACACAGACUCGACUGACCAGCCGCAUCGUGGGCGGGAUGUUUCCGGGCCGACAGUACAACUUCACUGUGAUGACCGUCAGCGAGGCCGGGGCCGGACCCUCGGUCAGGAGCCAGCCAAUCCAGAGGAGCGUCAGGACAAGUCCAGCUCCUCUAAAGUCCAUCCACUGCUUCCCCGUCUCGUCCUCCUCCCUCUCUUGCUCGUGGACGGCUCCUCUCUCUGACUUCGACUCCUACGAGGUUGAGUGUCGUCGCCAUGACGACGGGAAGCUGACCUCGGCCCUGCGGUUGGCGGGGGGCGUCACCGCGGUAACGCUGGACCACUUGGAGGCCUACCGGAAAUACUCUGUGACAGUCAGAGCGUCGUCGGCCGGCCAGACGAGCCCGCCUGCAACACACACCACUGUUACCAUGAUAGACCGUCCGCCGGUCCCGCCCCCAGCCGUGCGUGUCAGCGAGAAGUCAUCGAAAGUGACGCCGUCCUCCAUCUUGUUCCGUUUCAACUGCUCCUGGUUCAGCGACGCCAACGGAGCCGUCCGAUACUUCGCUGUCAUCGUAGCCGAGUCUGAUGCCAACGAGCUCCUGCAGCCGGAGCAGCGCCACCCGCUGCCUUCGUACCGCGACUACAUCAACAACUCCUCCGUCAGAGCUUAUCAAACCGCCUACUUCUCCAGCCGCUGCCCACAGGACUCCGACACCUCUGCAGCACAGGUGGUGGAGGUGAACCUGGGGGCAGGAGGGGACCGUCUGGGCGGGGCUUGUGAUCAUUACCAUGACGACGACUUCUACCUGAGUGACAGCUACGGUGACUUCUGUGACGGACCGCUGAAAGCCAAAACUUCCUACAGGCUGAGUAUUCGGGCGUUCACCAAACUGUUUGACGAAAACAACAAAGAGUUUCCACAGCCGCUCUUCACCGACACGUACCUGUCGCCACCACUCAGGACGCAUGCAGAGCCUCUAGGGGGCGUAGUGGAGGGUUUGAGCGCUGGGAUGUUCCUCAUCGGUAUGAUGGUGGCCGUCGUCUCGCUGCUGGUUUACAGACAACGGCUACGCAAAGUAAAUAUGGCGGUGCAACAUGGCGGCCUCCAUGGCAGAGGACCUACAUCCCCUAUAGAUACACACGGCUCAUUCUACGGAAAUGAAAACACAACUAUUCUUAAUUUCAGGGCUGUGCAGGAGAACCCGGUGGUGAGGAUGAAUAUGUGGAAAGAAGUGCCGACUUCAGGGAUAUAUAUGGGUGUCAGGAGCAACCGUCGAGUCACCAGUCCUAUCAAGAUCUGUCACUUUGAAUCCCAUCUGAACAAACUUCAGGCCGACUCCAACUACCUGCUGUCUGAGGAGUUUGAGGAUCUGAAGGACGUGGGUCGGAACCAGACGAUGGACGUCGCCCGGCUGCCGGAGAACCGAGGAAAGAACCGCUACAACAACAUCCUGCCAUAUGAUUCAAUCAGAGUGAAGCUGUCGUACCUGGAGGACGACCCCUGCUCCGACUACAUCAACGCCAGCUAUAUACCUGGUAACAACUACCGCAGGGAGUACAUCGCCACCCAGGGCCCGCUGCCCGGCACCAAGGACGACUUCUGGAGGAUGGUGUGGGAGCACGGUGUCUACAACAUCGUCAUGGUGACACAGUGCGUUGAGAAAGGAAGGGUGAAGUGUGAUCAGUACUGGCCUGCAGACAGAGAGCCGCUGUACUACGGUGACCUGGUCAUUCAGAUGCUGUCGGAGUCCGUCCUGCCGGAGUGGACCAUCCGAGAGUUCAAGAUCACCUCGGAGAGCGGCUGUAAUUAUCCUCGCGUCCUGCGUCAUUUCCACUACACGGUGUGGCCUGAUCACGGAGUCCCAGAGAGCACGCAGUCACUGAUCCAGUUCGUCAGGACGGUCCGAGACUACGUGGACCGAUCACCCGGCACUGGAGCCACUGUCAUACACUGCAGUGCCGGCGUUGGACGCACCGGGACGUUUAUUGCUCUGGAUCGAGUUCUGCAGCAGAUGGACUCUAAAGGAACCAUCGACCUGUACGGCUCUGUGUUCGACCAACGCUUGCACCGCCAGCACAUGGUCCAGACCGAGUGCCAGUACUCCUUCCUGCAUCAGUGUGUUCGUGACGUCCUGAGAGCCAGGAAACAUCGCAGCGAACAAGAGAAUCCUCUUUACCCCAUCUACGAAAACUUCAACCCAGAGUACUACCGCGAUUUCAUCUACACCGGACGCUAAACACACAGUGACAUCCAUGGAUUCAAGAGAGAAGAAACUAAUUAAAAACUGAUUUAAAUCUGCAUUAAUAGAGAAAGUUAGCUACACACCGGGAAGAAAAU